AGGUGACGAACGGCACGUACAAGAAACCAUGCAGUACAGUCACCUGAAACAUGUAGCUACAUGGAAUAUUCAAUAUGCCUAUUUCUUGUUUGUGCUGUGGAAAUACCCUUCACAAUGAAUGUGCCAUGAUAUGGCUUGAUUUACUGCAUCAGUUUUUACUAGUUUUGAUUGUGGGGGUGAACACAUUGGCAAUACAUACAGCAAUGCAGCCUGUCAUUUUCAACUCAAAGUUGGUUUACUCACCUGCUUUGUAUAUAAUUCAUUUCCCAGGAGUUGAUUAUUCUCAAUCAUCUCUUCCCCGAAGUUCAUGUAGUAUUCCCUCUUGGCUAGCGGGCAAUGCCAUACUUUGAGGAGACUGUGGUUGAAACUGCCCGGUUAAACUCAAAUUUGGCACCCUCAAAACAUAACUCAGAAACAGAUGUGUUACCAGGUUAAAUAAAAAAUAAAAAAACUGCAAUUGAGUAAUCAAAUAAAUCACAUUUUACAUUACUCUUUCCUUAUCUUCCUCUAUCAUCAACACUUCAAUAUUGAAUUGUUUUACAUCAUGCAUCACACCUGGGUAUAUUUCUGCUCUGUGAAAUUACAACAUUGGGCUUCCAGUUCAUGUCACCAUGCCAAUUGUUAUGCCUUAAUUGUAUUUCCAUAUUAACAUUUCAGGAUUACAUUUUUACUGUCAAAGGAAUCAGCCCUUUUUUAAAUCAGUUUUUGAUCAUUUUAAAUACUUUUCUUGAAAGAAAAGACUACAAUUUAAUAGCCUCCAGCCUAUCUGACAGGAAAGCAUUUUAUGAUGCAGGUAGGCCUACUUCUUACCCACUGUUUUUCAUUUAGAAAUAUUCAAAUUAGUGUGUAGGGUAUAAUGAGAUCACAGACAUAGGCCUGCACACCCAACCAACAACACACUUUAGCCUACACCUAAAUGCACAGACUAACUUUUCAGUAAUUUAUUUUAGUGUCAUUUAAAUUAAUCAUUUAAUUUCUUUCGAUAAUCGACACAACCUCACAAAAUAACAAAUUGACAGCCUUACGUGGCUGACUGCGUGCCCCUGUGAAAAGACCAUUCUUGUUGCCUAGACACUUGUAAACAAAUGUAACUUAAUGGCGAGGUUUUCACCAAGGAUUCUUCGCGGUGUUCUAGGUGAUUUUUCGUUUUCAACUUCAGUUUUGAGAUGCCUAAACCAACGACUGAAACGAUAAACGUUGCUUCCCCAGGGCGAUGGACAUGGAACGAUGAGAUUCAGGGCCUUGAAUUCAACUGCGUCAACUCCACUGAUGAUGUCAAAGAAAAAAGGAAGAAGAGACCUCAAAUAGAACAAGUCACUAAGCACCAGGAGAGGUUCGCGGAGUCCAGUAGAGGGCGUCGGAAGACUUUAAUGCCAGCUCAGAUGGGCUUAAUGCUUAUUUCGUCUCUCAGACAGGCUGUGAAGGAGCUGGUCACCAUAGAGCAUGUUAAGCAGGUGGCCCUGAGCUUAGUGCAGGAGAACGAGGCCAUUCCCAUACCACUUUGCUUUCUUUCUUUGAUGAAGUGUAAGGAGCUUGAUGAAUUUUUGGCUACUUUGCUGCUUUACCUGUCCUGCUACUUUGAGAAGAAGUCUCUGGAGAUGAAGCCCAAGCCGUUAAUGGCUGAACCCAGUGUGACAGAGAAACAGGUGAUGGCAGAGACUUGUGCGAAGGUUGACUUGGCUCGAAAACAGCUGGCCCUUCGCUACUCCACACUCAUCUUAGGACUGGGGCUGUCCCAGCAGCACCAUAUGGCAUGUGGAAAGAGCAAACAGUCGUGGACGCACAGAGACAGGCAUCUGUAUGAGUGUCUAUACAGCUUUUUGUGCUACGUGGCAUGGGUGACCUUCAACAGGAAGGACCUGAGAGGGAUUCAGGAGGAGGUGGGCCGACUCCUGCGCUCCGACACGUUCAACCCCACGCUGAAUGCCAGGGAGCCAGAGGGGAGCGAAGGACAGGAGGAGGACAAGGCCGACCCUAAAGAGCCUGGCCUGCUGACGACUGGGAAGAAGAAGUCAGAGCGACGCCCAGCUCUGAGUAAGAUCAUGACCCAGCGCUCUCCGGUCAUGGUGUCCCUGCUGCCCUCUCCUCGGGAGAAGGCCCCUCACCUGUUCCAGAGGGCCCUCCCUCGCAGCAAGCCCGCGACUAAGCACUGCGACACCGAGGAGCUGGUGGAGCAGCUCAAGAGACAGCUGGCCUCUUUCAGCUUCGGCAUUCUGGGAAAGCCCCAUAACCAGUACAGCCGCAGCACACUCAUGCCCCGGUGGCCAGGGCACGAUGAUGAUGAUGAUGGUGAGGAUGAUGACGACGAUGAUGAUGACGACAGCUCAGAGGCCCACAUGCGGGCAAAGACCACCUCCUUCGCGGCUCACCGCUUGUCCAUAGCCGGGGAGAAGUCUGGGAGCCGGAGCCGAGCCAACACUGUCACCUCACAUGCCACCACCGAGGAACCGUCCUCAGACACUGAGUAAUAUAUAUCUGUAUGUGUGUGUUUGUGGUUAUAUAUUGUUUGUGCUAAUCCAGAAAUAAAACAUAUGCAGCUCAGCUGCGACUAAA